CGCGGGCACACUCACGGCGUAAGGCCAUGUGGCCUGCCAGGCGGAGAUCCUGGGAACCGGUUUCUGCCUGUGCUGCAUUCCCGGGCGCCUUCCCCGAGAAAGCACCAGGGGCGCCCCCACGCGGGGCCUGGGCACGGUGGGAGCAAUGGGUAUAACCGCACUGCCCUGCUGUGGACCGGCUGAAGACUGACACAGAAAGGCGCCCAAGCCAGUCGGACCAUGGCCUUCCUCAACUAAGUUCCUGGAGCAAGGGUGUUUGGUGACAGCUCCCAGGAGUCAGUUUGCAGAAUUACUGUCCCAGAAUCAGUCCAGAUUGCGGGGUCGUGAGUCCCCAGGAAAGUCUGUGGAGGCGCCCAAGUGCCAGCUUGGGCGGAGCACAUCUGCACGCCAUUUUCAGGAACUUUUGCCACAGGUGUAAAAGCCUCUUGACCUGCUAAGAUGUUGAGACAGAUACUGUCGGAGAUGUACAUAGAUCCUGACCUACUGGCGGAACUCAGUGAAGAGCAGAAACAGAUCCUGUUCUUCAAGAUGCGAGAAGAACAGAUCCGGCGAUGGAAAGAAAGAGAAGCAGCCAUGGAAAGAAAGGAGUCUGUGCCAGUGAAAUCCAGACCAAAGAAAGAGAAUGGCAAAUCAGUCCAUUGGAAACUGGGAGCUGAUAAGGAAGUGUGGGUCUGGGUGAUGGGCGAGCACUCCCUGGACAAACCCUACGACGAGCUCUGCAAUGAAAUCAUUGCUGAGAGGGAGCGGCAGAGAGCAGAGAAGGAAGCGGAGGAGUUCAGAAAAUCUCAGUCUGACAAAUUCACCAGUAGCCUGAAAGCAAAAUCACAGUACUACAAUCUUCCUGCACCAAAUAACACGUGUAACAGAGCAGCAGAGGAGGAAGUGAGGCAAACAUCCAGACCAGCACCAACCUUCAAAGAAGAAAAUACCAAAAAGAAAGAAUCUGUGAAGAUGAAACAAGAUGAAGAAAUAAAACAAAUAGAUGAAGAGAAAACGAAGCAGAUUUAUAAGAGCUGGAAGGAAGAUUCAGAGUGGCAGGCAUCUCUGCGAAAAUCCAAAGCAGCUGAUGAGAAGAGGCGCUCCUUGGCUAAGCAAGCCCGGGAAGACUACAAGAGGCUGUCCCAGAGAGGGAGGAGCGGCGAGAGUGCCCCACAGAAGCCCAGAAGACCUCCCCUCCCACCCAAGCCCCAGUUUCUGAGCCCAGGGGGCUGCCCUCCCAAGCCGCCAGGAAAUCAGGGAGUGACAAGGACGGUGUCUAGCUCUGCCCAGGAGGACAUCAUCCAGUGGUUCAAAGAGAAGCAGCUUCCCUCCCGAGCUGGCUAUGAGAAGACCUCAGAUACCAUUGCUCCUUGGUUCCAUGGAAUUCUUACACUAAAAAAAGCAAAUGAGCUCCUGAGCACAGCCGUGCCAGGCAGUUUCCUGAUCCGAGUCAGUGAAAAGAUCAAAGGCUAUGCCCUAUCCUACCUGUCAGAAGAGGGCUGUAAGCACUUCCUCAUAGACGCCUCUGCCGACUCCUACAGCUUCCUGGGUGUAGACCAGCUGCAGCAUGACACUCUGGCGGAUUUGGUGGAAUAUCAUAAGGAGGAGCCCAUAACCUCCUUGGGAAAGGAGCUCCUGCUCUACCCCUGUGGUCAGCAGGGGCAGCCACCUGACUACCUGGAGCUCUUUGAGUGACAGUGUCCAUCUGGGUCAUCCUACGACUUCCAGCUGGGUUUUCCUCUUGACUUUUGUGUACGAAGCCAGAGUCACCUUGCAGUGGAGCCAAUCUGGAAAGUGUCCCUGAAGUCUUCCUUGAAAGCUCUGUUCUGCACAGACCCUGCAGUUUAAUAUCAAGGGGAAACAACCUCUGCUUCAUCUACACUCCAAAAGUAAAGAGAGGAGUCCUGACUUCAGCCAUGACCUAACAUGAAGGAUGUGACUUUAAUAAUGGAUAUAAGAUAAAACAAACACAGAAGAAACUGCAACCCUUUGAGUAUCUGAGUGUACUUCAAAAACCAAUAGCUUCUGUGAACUUUUCUGUGACUUUUCCAUUCCCUUUUUGUAUCUCAAAAGAACUCAGAGUCCUGCUUAUAUGAAGUUCCACCUUGGUUUGGGAAUGCUGACAAAGAAGCCCUGUGACAAUCUUCAAAACAUACCUCUCUCACUGUGGGUAUGAGAAGCAGAAAAACAACUCACAAGUGUAAUACAUAUUGGACAUUUUAAAAUGUAGAGUGAGAGGCUUCCCAUAUAUAAAAAAUACAUAUGGAUUGUAGGAAAGUGAGCAAGCAUCUCUGAGUUUGUUUCCUCAUUCUAAGGAAUGGGGACAGUGCUUGUGCUGUGUCUGUGGUGCAUAGACAAGAACACAAGUCAGCUGUUUGGCUACUACUUGAGUGUUGGAUUGUGUUCCCCAAAAAGAUACCUUGAAGUCCUAACUCCCGCUAUGUGAGUGUGACCUUCUUUGGACAUAAGGUCUUUGCAGAUGGAUAUAUUUUAAGACAAGGGUAGGACCUAAAUCAAUGGCUAGUAUCAUCACAAGGAGAGAGGGGUUUAGAAACACAGAUACACAUGGGGAAGAUGGCCAUGGGACAACACAGGCAGACAGGAAUGCUGCUGCUGCUGCUGCUGCUGCUGGGCAGGGACACCAGGGAUGAGGGGCAACCCCCAGAUGCCAGGAGAGAGGCAGGGAACAGAUUCUUUCAAGAGCUUCGGAGGAGACAUGGACUUGUGGAUAUUUUGAUUUUAGUCUUCUAGCUCCCAGGACUGAGAGAGAAAAAAUGUCUAAUUUCAGUCACUGAGUAUAUGGUAAUGUUUUACACAGCUCCAGAAAGUUAAUAUAGUAGCUGAUGUAAUUAUGAAUCUGCA